AGGACAGCCAGUUAGUCGAGUUGUCAAACUGAAAUAAUCAUUUGUUCUGGUAGUUUUGGAGUCAUAUAUGCAUGGAUCGAGGAAAUUAUCAUACUUGAUUUUUUAUUUUUUUACAGAAAAAAAAAUGAAGAAAAGUUGUUUGGUUUCUUCAUGUUGGUCACAGUGGAGUGACCAGACUGUUGAUUGUUUCUGAGGAAGUGUCAAAGAACUGGAUGCAUGGAGACCGAGUGCCAACAGUGGACAGACAACCAAACUGAUGAGGACAGUGACACAGAGGGGAUCCUGAUGGGAAUACAAGAGAGCUGUGCCACUGACCCGCAUCACCACCCUCAGCUGGAAACAGACGUGGAGGCAGUGAGGACUUUGUAUUCAGGCUCUGCGGCCUCUGUCAGGGUGUAUGGGUCAAUUGAUGAUGUGGACGUUGACUUAAACAUUAAUGCCAACUUUCUGGAUGAGGAAGUGGCCAAAGCCUGGGGGAUUAAUCAGUCAGAGCCCAUUGUUAUCCGUCUGCACUUUUCUCUCUCUCAGUAUCUGGAUGGACCCGCACCUUCAGUUCAAGUUUUUCAGCCAUCGAACACGGAUCAUUUCAGUCUUGGGAAACAACUACAGAAUAUUCUCGCAGUGUUCAUAUCUCGCGAGUGGGAACACCUGACAAACGAGAAGAUCGUCGUCCAACAGAAGUGCAGACACAGCUGGUAUAGGCCGAGUGGAACCAUCAAGAAAUUCCGUGCCCGACUCAGCAUCUGGUUACCACUGUCAAAGUCAAAUGAUCUCCAGCAUCCAACUAAAAGGGGAAGGAUCUUUUUACCAACAAUGAAACUAAACCGUUUCACAAAUCAUACAACUUCCUACUCCAUCAAGAAUCCCACAGGAGAGCUCUUCACCUACACACCCAGUGGGAAGAGGGUGGUGGUGUCUGCGGUCAAAUCCUCGACACAGCUUAGUACCAAACAGCUGAUGGAGCUGCUUUUCUCCUCCCAAGCCAUCGGGCACUGUAAGACCCCCCCGACUCUAAAGCAUGGCUUCUUAGUCCAGAUAAUGAGGUAUGCUGGGCAGAGAAUGCCAACGCUGAAUGAAUACUGUGUGGUCUGUGAUGAGCGACACGUGUUUCAGAACGGCCCCAUGUUAAAGCCCGCAGUUUGCACAAGGGAGCUAUGUGUGUUUUCCUUUUAUACACUGGGGGUUAUGUCUGGAGCUACAGAGGAGGUUGCAACGGGUGCAGAGGUUAUUGACCUGUUGGUCGCAAUGUGCAGAGCUGCCCUUCACUCUUCACGCAAGAGCAUCAUAUUUGAACCCUACCCUUCUGUCGUUGAUCCAUACAACCCCAAAGCCCUGGCCUUUACCCCCAAGAGAAAGAGCUACAGCAGGCUGCAAAAAGCACUGGACAGUGUCCUAUUGAUCAGGACGUUGGCACAGGGUCCAUAUUCUGAAAUAAGGAAGCAGAUGGACAAAUUAGAUCCUCUUGCUUAUCCCUUACUACAAUGGAUUUUAGCAAGCAACAGAUCACACAUUGUCAAGCUUCCACUGAACAGGCAACUGAAGUUCAUGCACACACCCCAUCAGUUCCUGUUGAUCAGCAGCCCUCCAUCCAAAGAGGCUCGAUUCCAAACUGCCAGAAAACUGUAUGGCAGCACAUUCGCUUUUCAUGGUUCCCACAUUGAAAACUGGCACUCUAUUUUAAGAAACGGGCUGGUUAAUGCCUCAUACACAAAAUUACAGCUUCAUGGAGCAGCGUAUGGGAAAGGCAUCUAUUUGAGUCCUAUCUCAAGCAUAUCCUUUGGAUAUUCUGAGAUGGGUAAAGGUCGACACCAAAUAAUCGCAAGAGAGGAACUCCUAAAGAAAUACAACCGAAUAAACAAGGUCAAACAGGAACGGCCAGGACAAGCAAGGUUUCUGCGGAGCAGGAACCUAAACUGCAUUGCACUCUGUGAGGUCAUAACUUCAAAAAACCUUCACAAACAUGGGGACAUCUGGGUGUGUCCGGUACCUGACCAUGUGUGCACACGUUUCCUCUUUGUGUAUGAAAAUGGUCAGGUGGGAGAUGUCAACAUCAACACUCAGGAAGACAGGAUCCACAGGGAAAUUUUACAAGUAAUUGCUUCGAAGCCAUGCUGAGAAAACCAAUAUGCACACGUACUGUAUAUCCACGCAUCUCUCUAUGAUGUAGAUUUCAUAUAAACACACACUAAGAGUGGAUCUUAGUUGGUCACUUGUGUUUUUAUAUGACAAAAGAUUGACAAAAGAAUAUGAAUGUGCUGCCUGAUGUUACAUUCACCAGCUGAGUGGGAAAAAAACACUAAGGAAGGAAACUACUCCACAAAACUGAAUAAGGCAUCUCUUCUUCUGUUAUCAUAUGUAGUUGUGUGAGAUGGAAGGAAGUGUUGUUGUUGAGUUGUGGAAUCAUGCACCUGUAAAACCUUUUUUGCCUUGUAUCUUAAUUGACAGACUGAUAUCAUCUAAAUCUGUCAGUCUCAUGAAUACAUUUUUAUAACCACACGUUUUUUUUAAAUAAAUGUUCUACAAUAUU